CAGGCUAGGUGACCUUGCUGAGGGAGAGGUAGUAUAACAUAGUGCCCCAUAAAAAAAGCAUAGAAAAUCUUGGCUUCAAGGGACAGAAGUGGGCUUGGAGUCACACUGCCCACUCACUUGCUGGGGACCAUGGGCAAGUUACUUAGCCUCUCUGUGUUCUGUGGCUUAGACCAUAGUCUGAUGAAGAAAGGGCUGGAAGAACAUACAUCAGAACUUUGACAGGGCUGGCUCUCGGGGGAGACUGGACGUUUGCUUUGGUUUGGUUUGGCUUGUCUGUAUUUCCUAAAUUUUAUGCAACAAACACAAAUUAUUAUAUAAUUGAACUAAUAUUCAGAGAAAAAAAGCAAAGCAGUAGGGAUUGCAGUUUGUCUCCAGGGGGAUGCACCAAAUGAGAAGGGGAGCCUGCCCAUUGAGAUGGGGGGUGGAAGGGCGUGUUCACCUGGUCAGACACCAGACAGGGGUAGGGGUGACAGCCCUGAGCCCUAGAGGACAGGUAUAGUGACAUUUUUUGCCUGAGAUGCAAGUUUCCAGGAGGCACCAGGCAGAGGGAGGUGGUGCCAUGGAGAAUGUUGUCUGUCCACCAGGGGUAGCACCUCUUCCAUUGGCCAUUCUCAGCCAAUAUUCUCAGAACGUCAUCCCAGAGCUCUGGGCCUCAGGGCUUGGGCCGGAACCCUUCCCAGACCAUCAGUCUGUCCAGCUAGCAGCCCUGCUAAGCUCAGCCCCUGACGCUGCCUUUGCUGAGGCAGCCCUUUGAGGAGUCCUGGGCUUGGUGGGUCCACAGCACCCUCCCUUCCAGUGCUGCUAAUCCUCGGAAGAAAGUCAAACAUUAGCCCAGGGAGCAGCUUAUGCCUUAUAUAAGCCCCCCUGGGGGAGGAACAAACACAGCUUGUCAGACCUGAGCUACCCAACUACAGCAGCUGCCGGACGGAGACAGAGCAGGGGCCUCAACUCCAUUGCCCACCAGCCCUGCCGGAGCCAGGCCCAGCCAGCUCUAGCUCGUCUUGCCUGGCGCCAUGACCUUCCCAGAGCUCCUGGACCGCGUGGGUGGCUUCGGCCCCUUCCAGUUCCUACACCUGACCCUGAUCGGCCUCCCAGUCCUGGGCAUGGCCAAUCACUUUCUGCUGCAGAUCUUCACGGCCACCACCCCUGCCCACCACUGCCGGCCACCCCCCAAUGCCUCUGCAGGGCCCUGGGUGCUCCCCACGGGCCCAGAUGGAAAGCCUGAGAAAUGCCUCCGUUUUAUACAUCUACCCAACGCCAGCCUGCCCAACGGCACCCAGGGGGCCACGGAGCCGUGCCUGGAUGGCUGGAUCUACAUCAGCACCAGGGACUCCAUUGUGUCAGAGUGGGACUUGGUGUGUGACUCCUACAAAAUGAAGGAGUUGGCCCAGUCUAUCUUCAUGGCGGGUGUGCUGAUUGGCGGGAUCGUGCUUGGAAACCUGUCCGACAGGUUUGGCCGCAAGACUAUCCUGUCCGGAAGUUACCUGCUGCUGGCGGCCAGUGGCUGCUGUACAGCCUUCAGCCCCACCUUCCUCAGCUACUUGGUCUUCCGCUUCCUGACUGGCUCCAGCAUGUCAGGCAUUUCCCUGAGCACGGUGAUCCUGAAUGUCGAGUGGGUGCCCACCCGGGUACGGGCCAUCCUGUCGACGGCAGUUGGCUACUGCUACACCACUGGCCAGUUUAUUCUUCCCGGCCUGGCCUACGUCAUCCCCCAGUGGCGCUGGCUACAGUUAACAGUGUCUCUUCCCUUCUUCAUCGUCUUUCUGUGGUCCUGGUGGAUAGCAGAGUCUGUACGCUGGAUGGUUCUGUCCGGAAAGUCCUCAAAGGCCCUGAAGAUACUACGAUGGGUCGCUGCCUUCAAUGGCAAGAAGGAGGAGGGAGAAAAGCUCACCUUGGAGGAGCUCAAACUCAACCUGCAGAAGGAGAUCGCCUUGGCCAAGGUCAAGUACAGCGUAGUUGAUCUGAUCCGGACGUCCACCUUGCGCCUCCUGUUGAUUUGUCUUUCCCUGGCCUGGUUUUCCACCGGUUUUGCCUACUACAGUUUGGCCAUGGGUGUGGAAGAUUUUGGGGUCAACAUCUACCUUCUCCAAAUCAUCUUUGCGGGAGCCGACGUCCCAGCUAAGUUUAUCACCAUCCUCUCCAUGAGCUACCUGGGCAGGCGCAUCACUCAGGCUGCUUCUCUGCUCCUGGCAGGAGGGUCCAUCUUGGUUCUCACCUUUGUGCCCUCAGACCUGCAGACCUUGAGGACAGUGCUUGCCGUGUUUGGGAAGGGGUGCCUGUCCAGUUCCUUCAGCUGCCUCUUCCUCUAUACAAGUGAGCUGUACCCCACCGUUAUCCGGCAAACAGGUUUGGGCUUAAGCAACCUGUGGGCUCGCGUGGGCAGCAUGAUGGCCCCAGUGGUGAAGAUCCUGGCCGAGGUGCAGCCCUUCAUCCCCAAUGUCAUCUACGGGGGCAUGGCCCUCCUAGGAGGCAGUGCCGCUCUCCUCCUGCCUGAGACCCUCAAUCGGCACUUGCCAGAGACCCUCGAAGACAUGGACAACUGGUUCCAGCAGGCAAAGGAGCCAGAGCAGGAUCCAGAAGCGGAAAAGGCCUCCCAGAGGAUCCCUCUGCAGCCCCAUGACCGAGGCCUGGUCCCCAACUGA